CACAUGGUGGCAAGACGUUCCAGGCCCAACCUGUUUGUCUGCUUCAGGAGGAGUAUCCACCUGCCUGACAUGUGCUCCUCUCAGUGACAGCCAGGUGAGCUGUCAGCACGGACUCAACUUCAACCUGGAACGGCCGGAUGGAUCCCCAGGUUUAGAUCUACAAACGACCAUCAAAAAUAUGGCAACACAUCGAAGGGGGCGGAGCCUCUCUGAGGCCUUGACCCUGGACGAGUUGGAGAACGGGGCGCUGGUCAUUUCCAGCGCUACCGAUUCCUCCCACAACCUGAAGGAAGGGGAUGAAAUUUUGGGAGCAACGAUAAAUUUUAAUCAGCUGUCAAAAGAGGAGGUGAUAAAUGUGUUGAAACUGAUGGAGCCAUUUGAUGACAAGGUCAAAGUUCUUACCAGGAGCUGCCUGAGCAAGAGUGUCGACAGUUUGGACCAGUGUGCCAGAAAUCCAGAGGCAAUGCUGAUGGAUUCCUAUACUAAACUUUACAAUGCCAAAAUAAAGAGGUUUGUGAAAGAUGACUCUGCUGCUGGUAAAGCCGCCUCAUCUAAGGUCAACCUAAAGCGUGACAUGGGGCUGCCUCGCCUUGGAGUUGAUUUUGGACUUCUAAAAUCCACAUCGUUGACUGCAGAUGCUGAUGCAGAUACUGAGUUUGAGGUCAGAGAUCUGAUGGAUGGCACCAAUCUGAACCUUCCACCACUUGGUGGCAAUUUGAGUGGACCUACUGCUGGUGACACCAGCAGUAGGUCAAGACCAAGACUUGAUGCUAGAAAUCCAGAGUCUCAUCUUGGAGACUACCAUCUCUCUAGGACAUUACCAGAUGAUUUAAAUGGCAUGACUGCAGCUGGUGGUCUGAAAAUGCCAAAUCUUGAAAAAGUUCUGGAUACAGGAUUUGGCUCAAAAGGUUCAGAUGAGUUCCUUCCAGAUCAUGAUAUAGAGGUUAUGGGACCAGAUGAAAUGUCAACAGUUCCUAAAGGUAAACUCAGUCUGAAGCAUGCCAAAAGACUGAAAACCCCAGAUCUAAAUUUAGAUGAUCCAUCUGGUCUUGUGGAAUCACCAAAACGUAGGCUGUCUGGGACACUACCUCAAAUGGACCUAGGAAAUGUCAAUGUGGAUACUCCAUGUGGGUCAGUCCAAUUGCCUAAUAUGGAGUCCCCUGGUGGAAGUGUGGGUGCUGAUAAAACAAUUGAUUUUAGUGUUAGAACCCCUAAGAUAAAAAGUGGCAUGUCUGCAUCUGAUGCUCAUUUAUCCAAAGUCGACUGGAAGGGAAUAAAUUUGGCCACUGAUACUCCUUCUGCUAGUGUCAAAAGUAAAACUGGAAAGUACAGGGCUCCUAAAUUUACGAUGCCCAAAUUUGAUUUGCCACAUAUUCAAGUCCCAGAUUUAGAUAUGGAUAUUUCAGGUCCAUCUGGGAAAUUUAGAAAGCCCAACCUAAACAUCCCUGACUUGAGUCUUUCAGGUCCAAAGACAGGGGGUCCGAACUUGGACCUGGGAUCACCUGAUCUGGAUGUCUGUGCACCUAAUCUCCGUAGUGACUUUAAAACCCCCAAACUAGACCUCAGUGGCAAAAAGACUGACUUAGACAUGCCCUCAGGUACCAUAAAAAUGCCUGAAUGUCCCGACUGGGAUGUUAAGGGUCCUUCUGGAAAACUCAAGAUGCCCAAAACCAACCUUUCAAGUACAUUGCCAAAAGGACCAAAUUUAGACCUAGAUGCAGAUCUCAAGUCACCAGAUUGGAGUCUCAAAACACCAAAGAUCAAAGGUGGGAUAAAUGCUCCUGAUCUGGACUUGCCUGACAUGGACCUUAAAGCUCCCAAGUUGGACUUAAAUACACCAGAUGUGAACACACCAAAAGGAAAGCUUAAAAUGCCUAAGAUGAAAAUGCCCAAAUUUAGCUUCCCAGGUAUCGAAGGGCCUGAACUUGAUGGCAACCUAAAUGGUCCAGAUAUAGAUGUAAAUGCACCUGAUCUAAACCUUAAGGCACCUAAAGCUGAUCUAGAUUUGAACAUGCCUGACCUGUCUGGGAAAUUCAAAAAGCCCAACCUGACUAUGCCUGACUUGGGUCUUUCAGGUCCAAAGAUAGAUGGGCCCAACUUAGACAUGCCGUCAGGAAAGCUAAAAAUGCCUGAUAUUGAAGGUCCUGAUUGGGAUGUUAAAGGUCCAUCAGGAAAACUCAAGAUGCCGAAAAUGGAUCUUUCAGGUACAUUACCAAAAGGACCAAAUUUAGACUUAAACGCAGAUCUCAAGUCACCAGAUUGGAGUCUCAAAACACCAAAGAUCAAGGGUGGGAUAAAUGCUCCUGAUCUGGACUUGCCAGACAUGGACCUUAAAGCUCCCAAGGUAGAUAUGAAUACACCAGAUGUCAACAUUGGAUCACCCAAAGGAAAGCUUAAAAUGCCUAAAUUUAAAAUGCCCAAAUUUAGCUUCCCUGGCAUCAAAGGACCUAAACUUGAUGGCAACCUAAAUGGUCCAGAUAUAGAUGUAAAUGCACCGAAUCUAAACCUUAAGGCACCUAAAGCUGAUCUAGAUUUGAACAUGCCUGACCUGUCUGGGAAAUUCAAAAAGCCCAACCUGACUAUGCCUGACUUGGGUCUUUCAGGUCCAAAGAUAGAUGGGCCCAACUUAGACAUGCCGUCAGAAAAGCUAAAAAUGCCUGAUAUUGAAGGUCCGGAUUGGGAUGUUAAAGGUCCAUCAGGAAAACUCAAAAUGCCGAAAAUGGACCUUUCAGGUACAUUACCAAAAGGACCAAAUUUAGACUUAAACGCAGAUCUCAAGUCACCAGAUUGGAGUCUCAAAACACCAAAGAUCAAGGGUGGGAUAAAUGCUCCUGAUCUGGACUUGCCAGACAUGGACCUUAAGGCUCCCAAGGUAGAUAUGAAUACACCAAAUGUCAACAUUGGAUCACCCAAAGGAAAGCUUAAAAUGCCUAAAAUGAAAAUGCCCAAAUUUAACUUCCCCGGCAUCAAAGGACCUGAACUUGAUGGCAACCUAAAUGGUCCAGAUAUAGAUGUAAAUGCACCUAAUCUAAACCUUAAGGCACCUAAAGCUGAUCUAGAUUUGAACAUGCCUGACCUGUCUGGGAAAUUCAAAAAGCCCAACCUGACUAUGCCUGACUUGGGUCUUUCAGGUCCAAAGAUAGAUGGGCCCAACUUAGACAUGCCGUCAGGAAAGCUAAAAAUGCCUGAUAUUGAAGGUCCGGAUUGGGAUGUUAAAGGUCCAUCAGGAAAACUCAAGAUGCCGAAAAUGGACCUUUCAGGUACAUUACCAAAAGGACCAAAUUUAGACUUAAACGCAGAUCUCAAGUCACCAGAUUGGAGUCUCAAAACACCAAAGAUCAAGGGUGGAAUAAAUGCUCCUGAUCUGGACUUGCCAGACAUGGACCUUAAAGCUCCCAAGUUAGAUAUGAAUACACCAGAUGUCAACAUUGGAUCACCCAAAGGAAAGCUUAAAAUGCCUAAAAUGAAAAUGCCCAAAUUUAACUUCCCCGGCAUCAAAGGACCUGAACUUGAUGGCAACCUAAAUGGUCCAGAUAUAGAUGUAAAUGCACCUAAUCUAAACCUUAAGGCACCUAAAGCUGAUCUAGAUUUGAACAUGCCUGACCUGUCUGGGAAAUUCAAAAAGCCCAACCUGACUAUGCCUGACUUGGGUCUUUCAGGUCCAAAGAUAGAUGGGCCCAACUUAGACAUGCCGUCAGGAAAGCUAAAAAUGCCUGAUAUUGAAGGUCCGGAUUGGGAUGUUAAAGGUCCAUCAGGAAAACUCAAGAUGCCGAAAAUGGACCUUUCAGGUACAUUACCAAAAGGACCAAAGUUAGACUUAAACGCAGAUCUCCAGUCACCAGAUUGGAGUCUCAAAACACCAAAGAUCAAGGGUGGGAUAAAUGCUCCUGAUCUGGACUUGCCAGACAUGGACCUUAAAGCUCCCAAGUUAGAUAUGAAUACACCAGAUGUCAACAUUGGAUCACCCAAAGGAAAGCUUAAAAUGCCUAAAAUGAAAAUGCCCAAAUUUAACUUCCCCGGCAUCAAAGGACCUGAACUUGAUGGCAACCUAAAUGGUCCAGAUAUAGAUGUAAAUGCACCGAAUCUAAACCUUAAGGCACCUAAAGCUGAUCUAGAUUUGAACAUGCCUGACCUGUCUGGGAAAUUCAAAAAGCCCAACCUGACUAUGCCUGACUUGGGUCUUUCAGGUCCAAAGAUAGAUGGGCCCAACUUAGACAUGCCGUCAGGAAAGCUAAAAAUGCCUGAUAUUGAAGGUCCUGAUUGGGAUGUUAAAGGUCCAUCAGGAAAACUCAAGAUGCCGAAAAUGGACCUUUCAGGUAAAUUACCAAAAGGACCAAAUUUAGACUUAAACGCAGAUCUCAAGUCACCAGAUUGGAGUCUCAAAACACCAAAGAUCAAGGGUGGGAUAAAUGCUCCUGAUCUGGACUUGCCAGACAUGGACCUUAAGGCUCCCAAGUUAGAUAUGAAUACACCAGAUGUCAACAUUGGAUCACCCAAAGGAAAGCUUAAAAUGCCUAAAAUGAAAAUGCCCAAAUUUAACUUCCCCGGCAUCAAAGGACCUGAACUUGAUGGCAACCUUAAUGGUCCAGAUAUAGAUGUAAAUGCACCUAAUCUAAACCUUAAGGCACCUAAAGCUGAUCUAGAUUUGAACAUGCCUGACCUGUCUGGGAAAUUCAAAAAGCCCAACCUGACUAUGCCUGACUUGGGUCUUUCAGGUCCAAAGAUAGAUGGGCCCAACUUAGACAUGCCGUCAGGAAAGCUAAAAAUGCCUGAUAUUGAAGGUCCUGAUUGGGAUGUUAAAGGUCCAUCAGGAAAACUCAAGAUGCCGAAAAUGGACCUUUCAGGUAAAUUACCAAAAGGACCAAAUUUAGACUUAAACGCAGAUCUCAAAUCACCAGAUUGGAGUCUCAAAACACCAAAGAUCAAGGGUGGGAUAAAUGCUCCUGAUCUGGACAUGCCAGACCUUAAAGCUCCCAAGUUAGAUAUGAAUACACCAGAUGUCAACAUUGGAUCACCCAAAGGAAAGCUUAAAAUGCCUAAAAUGAAAAUGCCCAAAUUUAACUUCCCCGGCAUCAAAGGACCUGAACUUGAUGGCAACCUAAAUGGUCCAGAUAUAGAUGUAAAUGCACCGAAUCUAAACCUUAAGGCACCUAAAGCUGAUCUAGAUGUGAACAUGCCUGACCUGUCUGGGAAAUUCAAAAAGCCCAACCUGACUAUGCCUGACUUGGGUCUUUCAGGUCCAAAGAUAGAUGGGCCCAACUUAGACAUGCCGUCAGGAAAGCUAAAAAUGCCUGAUAUUGAAGGUCCUGAUUGGGAUGUUAAAGGUCCAUCAGGAAAACUCAAGAUGCCGAAAAUGGACCUUUCAGGUAAAUUACCAAAAGGACCAAAUUUAGACUUAAACGCAGAUCUCAAGUCACCAGAUUGGAGUCUCAAAACACCAAAGAUCAAGGGUGGGAUAAAUGCUCCUGAUCUGGACUUGCCAGACAUGGACCUUAAGGCUCCCAAGUUAGAUAUGAAUACACCAGAUGUCAACAUUGGAUCACCCAAAGGAAAGCUUAAAAUGCCUAAAAUGAAAAUGCCCAAAUUUAACUUCCCCGGCAUCAAAGGACCUGAACUUGAUGGCAACCUAAAUGGUCCAGAUAUAGAUGUAAAUGCACCUAAUCUAAACCUUAAGGCACCUAAAGCUGAUCUAGAUUUGAACAUGCCUGACCUGUCUGGGAAAUUCAAAAAGCCCAACCUGACUAUGCCUGACUUGGGUCUUUCAGGUCCAAAGAUAGAUGGGCCCAACUUAGACAUGCCGUCAGGAAAGCUAAAAAUGCCUGAUAUUGAAGGUCCUGAUUGGGAUGUUAAAGGUCCAUCAGGAAAACUCAAGAUGCCGAAAAUGGACCUUUCAGGUAAAUUACCAAAAGGACCAAAUUUAGACUUAAACGCAGAUCUCAAAUCACCAGAUUGGAGUCUCAAAACACCAAAGAUCAAGGGUGGGAUAAAUGCUCCUGAUCUGGACAUGCCAGACCUUAAAGCUCCCAAGUUAGAUAUGAAUACACCAGAUGUCAACAUUGGAUCACCCAAAGGAAAGCUUAAAAUGCCUAAAAUGAAAAUGCCCAAAUUUAACUUCCCCGGCAUCAAAGGACCUGAACUUGAUGGCAACCUAAAUGGUCCAGAUAUAGAUGUAAAUGCACCGAAUCUAAACCUUAAGGCACCUAAAGCUGAUCUAGAUUUGAACAUGCCUGACCUGUCUGGGAAAUUCAAAAAGCCCAACCUGACUAUGCCUGACUUGGGUCUUUCAGGUCCAAAGAUAGAUGGGCCCAACUUAGACAUGCCGUCAGGAAAGCUAAAAAUGCCUGAUAUUGAAGGUCCUGAUUGGGAUGUUAAAGGUCCAUCAGGAAAACUCAAAAUGCCGAAAAUGGACCUUUCAGGUACAUUACCAAAAGGACCAAAUUUAGACUUAAACACAGAUCUCAAGUCACCAGAUUGGAGUCUCAAAACACCAAAGAUCAAGGGUGGGAUAAAUGCUCCUGAUCUGGACUUGCCAGACAUGGACCUUAAGGCUCCCAAGUUAGAUAUGAAUACACCAGAUGUCAACAUUGGAUCACCCAAAGGAAAGCUUAAAAUGCCUAAAAUGAAAAUGCCCAAAUUUAACUUCCCCGGCAUCAAAGGACCUGAACUUGAUGGCAACCUUAAUGGUCCAGAUAUAGAUGUAAAUGCACCGAAUCUAAACCUUAAGGCACCUAAAGCUGAUCUAGAUUUGAACAUGCCUGACCUGUCUGGGAAAUUCAAAAAGCCCAACCUGACUAUGCCUGACUUGGGUCUUUCAGGUCCAAAGAUAGAUGGGCCCAACUUCGAUUUGGGAUCACCUGAUCUAGAUGUCUCCGGACCUAAUCUGAGAGGUGGAAUAAAAAUGCCCGACAUCAAUAUGCCUAAGGCUAACUUUAAGACCCCCAAACUAAAUCUCAGUGGCCCAAAGGCCAAUUUAGACAUGCCAUCAGGAAAACUAAAUAUGCCUGAAGUUGAAGGUCCUCACUGGGAUGUUAAAGGUCCAUCAGGAAAACUCAAGAUGCCAAAAACGAACCUUUCAGGUACAUUACCAAAAGGACCAAAUUUAGACUUAAAUGCAGAUCUCAAGUCACCAGAUUUUAGUGUCAGAGCCCCGAAGGUCAAGGGUGGGAUGAAUGGCUUUGAAAUGCCUGAUGUAGGGUUUGGGAGCCCAUCAGGCAAUCGUAAAAAGUAUAAUAUGAAAAUGCCCAAAAUUGGAUUUUCAGGUUCAAAGUUAAAUGACUCUGAUCUUGAUAUUCCAAAAAUAAAAGGUGGACUUGAUUCUCCCAACCUGAGUUUAGCAAACAAAGACUUCAGAACCUCCAUGCCUGAUUUUGAUGUUCCAGAUGUUGAUUUUGGUACUUCACCAUUUAAAUUGCCAAACUUGAAAAUUCCUGAUGUGGGAUUUUCUAGUCCAAAGCUAGAGGACCCUAAACUUGAUUUCACAUCACCAGAUUUUAAUGCUAAAUUACCAAAGGGGCAAAAUCUGAAAUUAAAUCCGCACUUCAAUUCUCCAGAACUGAAUCUCAAAGCGCCAAACAUGAAAGGUGGAGUCAACUCCUUUAAGCUUGGUGCACCAAACGUCAACCUCCAAACUCCCAAGUUGGAUAUUAACACUCCAGGUGGCAAUGUUGGUUUACCUGGUGCAAAUGUAAAAAAGUCCCAAAUGAAGAUGCCAAAAGGCCUCAAUGCUAACUUAACAAGUGACUUUAACAUGCCCAAUAUAUCUGGUAAUAGUCCAAAAAUAUCAGGACCAAAACUGAGAGAUUCUGAUUUUAGUUUGCCAGCUUUAGAUCUAGCUGAAUAUGGAAUAAAUGGUCCAAAGCUGAGUGCAAAACAACGUAAUUUGAGAGUAAAUGGCAACAUUGAACCAUCAGAAAUGAACAUCUAUGACCCAAGAAUGAAAGGAGAUUUAAUUGGUGCACACAUGGGUAUGAAUUCUUCUUUGACAGACAUACGCAGUCCUUAUCUAAGAUCUCCAAAUCUUAACAUUGAUGAUGCUUCCAUGAAUUUCAAGGGAGCCUCGUAUAAGAAUCGCAGAUCAGAUAUGGCAGGUAUGAGUUUGAAAAGACCGGACUUAGACAUAGAUCAAGACAUUCGACUUAAUAAAAAGUCUACUAAAACCAAUGUGAGGUCCAGCUACCCUGCAGUGGAUCAUGCCUUACACCAAUACAUUGAUUUUAACCAUUCAGAUCUCAACAUUGAUGAUUUCACAGGGAGAGACCAUGUGCUUAGAGCUAGGGGUUCACAACCAGACCUCCGAGCACAAUCUAAACAUCAACAAUGGGUCCCGUCUUCUGGGGUUUAUGUUGACCCCAGAAACAGUGGAGAUCACAGUAUGCAUGGUUUACCUCAAAAUGACCCUGACGGUUCAGGAGGAUACUUUGUCACUGUUUUCCCCAAACAAGCUCUACUGAAGAGCAAAUACAACACAACCAGUAGGCUUGGGUUGCCAACAGCAAAAAUGGACCUUGAUGUUCCAGAUGAAAACUACCUAAAGGGCUCAACCUACUUUUUCUCCAACCUUGUAUAAUCAUGGGAGCACUCGCAUGUCUCUACUUUUGUAUAUUUCAUAUUUUGCUUGAUUUCUUUAUUUAUUGUGACCAUUGUUCCUGUGUGUGUUUUGUAUAUUUUUGUACAUAAAAUCAUUUGCAAUUUGGCCGAAGUGCAUUGUAACGGAUAUUUUCUUCAGUUGUUUUAUAACAUGCUAAAACAAUUUUUUUUACUUUUUUUUUUUACACAAUACUUUCUCAAAAUAUUUUAUGGCAUUUUAAAACUUUUUAAAUAGUAUUUUAUUCGUUAUUUAGUUGUUUUGAUGUUGAAACUCCUGGAUAACAUUGUGCAAUAAAUUGUUUUUAUUCUAUUUUAAAAAGAAUCAUAAGUUUUAAAUCGUUUGUUGCCUGUUGUUCUCUGUAAUCGAAGGAUCAUCGGAUGAAAUACUUAAGCAUACAUAUUUUCAGAUUUUAGCUUAAACUGAACUGUGAUUUCUAAUAUAAAAUGCAUAAAUGAUGAAGUUAUUGAAUUGCUUGUAUUUCCCCCUUAAUAACAGAAAAGUAGUUUCUUUUUUAGUAUGGCAUACAGUUUUGUUAAAAAGUCUUGGCAAUGACAUAAAUGUAUUAUGUAACUUUUGUACCAUUUUCAUGUUUCUGGUUUAUUUUACAUGUGUUCACCUAUACUACAGUAUACAGAAUAAUUAAAAAUAAUAAAUAAAAUUCCUUCAUUUUAA